UUGCAUUCAUUGGAUAUCUCAGCCAUAAGCCAAUCUUUAAAUGGCAGAGAUGAAAUUGCAAUUAUGCUACUGAAAGGUGAAAUAAAAUAUCGUAAAUAGCAUUCCAACUUCAGCAUCUGUUGGAUAAGGAUUUCAAAAUGAAGUAUUUUCUUCUGUUAUGCUGGGCAUUGGGGACAUGCCUGUGUUCACCAGUUGGUCGCACAUGGCUACCACAAUCCAUGACUAAGAGGUGGCCUCCUAAGAACCCUCAGCCCUCUAAUAUGUCUUCUCCCCAAGUCCUUGUUCUACCAGGUGGUCAAGCACAAUCUGGAGGCCCAAAUAUCUUUGUGAUACGCCCACCUGCCCCGGCAGCGACAGGAAGAGGAGGGGGAGCACCAGCCACUCCAGCACCAGCUCCUGCAGCCUCUGCUUCCUCACAAGCUGGUGGGGGUUCCUCUCAGCCAUUUAUAUAUGUGAUCAAUCCUUGUCCCCCUGCUGGUGCAGGAGGUGAAUCUGGAGGAGGCGGUGGGGUUGUUGUACUGGGUGGUGGAGGUGAGGGAACAGGAGGAUUCGGAGCAGCAGGUGCAGGCAGUGGGGGAGGAAGAGCAGGUUUUGGGGGAGGUGGUGGCCUUGCUCCUAUUUUUAAUGCAGGGUUUGGAGGAGUAGGAACAGAAAGUGGAGGAUAUGGAGGAACAGGGGCAGCAGGUGGAGGAUAUGGAGAAACAGGGGCAGCAGGUGGAGGAUAUGGGACAGCUGGUGCAGGAUAUGGAGGAUAUGGGACAGCUGGUGCAGGAUAUGGAGGAUCAGGAGCAGCUGGUGAAGGAUAUGGAGGGACAGGGGCAGCAGGUGGAGGAUAUGGAGGAACAGGGGCAGCACAUGGAGGAUAUGGAGGGACAGGGGCAGCAGGUGGAGGAUAUGGAGGAACAGGGGCAGCAGGUGGAGGAUAUGGAGGAACAGGGGCAGCAGGUGGAGGAUAUGGAUGGACAGAGGCAGCAGGUGGAGGAAAUGGAGGGACAGAGGCAGUAGGUGGAGGAUAUGGAGGGACAGAGGCAACAGAUGGAGGAAAUGGAGGGACAGGGGCAGCUGGUGGAGAUGGGGCAGUUGGAGCAAACGGAGGACAAGGGGGAGGGACAGCUACUCUAGGAAUCCCAGGAGCCCCAAUAGUAAUAUAUCCACCAGGACCCUCCGGUACAAACAUGCCCAUCGUUCAGUCAGCUGGCCCUGGGAUGCCGAUUUUUGUCUUUCCCCCAUCAGGAGGAGGGACAGCUGGAGCAUUUAGUGGUGGCACUGGGGGAGGAGAAGGGUUUUCAAUAGGGUCUCCUGGAUUUGCAAUAACAGCAGGCGGUGGGGCAGGCGGAGGGAAAACGGGGGCAGGUAGUCCACAGAUUUUUGUAAUUCCUCUUGAUGGGUCUCCACCUGGCAUGUCAUUCCAGGGAGGCUUGCUCUCAGCUGGAGGUAGCAUUGGUGGUAAAUCCUCCAGCAGCCCUGCCAGCCCACCCAUAGUCAUAUAUCCCCCCCUCUCUCAAACUGCGGAGGAGGACCAGAUAGAAAAGAAGCACCGGUCCUUCAGAGCUCCAGGUCUGAGAUUUGCUUCAAAACCAAGACCUUUGAGUGUCCCCAAAGUAAUGCUGGCAUCGUCAGCACUGAAAAUAGUGAAGAGCCCUUCCUGAAGAGAACAAAGGUGUAAGAAAACAGAAAAGAUUGCAGUGGAUGGCACUGAUGUCUGAUGUACAACUCUUUAUGAUCUACGUAUGUCACAACCACAAUUUGAUUCUGUUUCAAGUUUCUGGUACAUAUACUGUAUGUGUGUCUGAAGACUGUGAAAAGAAAAUAUUUUUAAAAAAUAAACAAAUCUAAAUG